UGGAAAACUGAGGAUUUAACUCAAGCACUGUAACUGUCCAUCAUCAUCAUCAUCAUCAUCAGCUUCCUGCCUGCUCUCCGUCUCCACUCUCUGAUUGGCUGAGAUGACAGAGCUGAUGACCACCUGUGAGUCGGCGGUGGGCGGAGCCUCUGGAGAGAACACAGUGGCCCUCCAGGUGUUUCCAGACUCUGUGGAGCCUUUUCCAAAACUUUCCAGGAGACUCCCAUCCAUUGUGGUGGAGCCGACACAUGGAGAAGAGGUGGAGAGCGGAGAGCUCCGCUGGCCUCCUGAUGAUGUCAGCAGUGAUGUCACAGAGGGCCAUGCCCAGGUGACAGGCCUUCACUUUCCAGGUGCAGGUGCACCUGUGGAGGAGGCGGAGCCAGAGCAGCAUGCAAUAGGCGGGAUUUAAAACCUCCUGACUGUGUCCUGACUUCAUUCUCAGCCAAUCAAUGCGAAGAUCUCUGUGAUGAAGGGAGGGGGCGGGGCCCACACACCUGUAGCUCCUCCUCCAGACCGGGAGGUUGGAGUCACUUCAGGAGAGACUGAACGACUAAAAGAGAACAGAGGAGAAAACCCCAACAUGAAACUCAACAGAAGUUGAGACGUCUGAUGGUGAACGGCUCUAAAAGGAUUGUGGGAAAACAAGCAGCCGGAAAAUAUGGAAAUAUUAAAAAUACCUGUGAAACCUGAUGAAAGUGAAAGAUGAGGGACUGAAGCCACCGGCUGAUCUCUGCUGCUCUGGAUGAUUUUAUCAUCUCUUUUAGAAAAUGUGUUUAGGAAAAAUGCU